CAGGGGAUGUGGCUGAGGCCCUUGGCCCCGCCCACCCCAUCUCGUGGGCCUGUGGAGCUUCUGGCAGCAGCAAUCAGAAAUGAGUGAACAAUCAGAAAAAAAAAAUUCCAUUCAAGAGGGACCCACAGAUCAAAGUUCUCCUGAGAAAAGCUGUCAAAUUGGACAGAAACAACUGCAACAAAUAGAGCGGCAGUUAAAAUGCCUGGCAUUUCAAAACCCUGGACCACAGGUAGCAGACUUUAAUCCUGAAACAAGGGAGCAGAAAAAGAAAGCACGAAUGUCAAAGAUGAAUGAGUAUUUUUCUGUAAAAUACAAAGUUGUGAGGAAGUAUGACAAAAGUGGCAGGCUCAUUUGUAAUGAUGUUGACCUGUGUGAUUGCCUAGAGAAGAACUGCCUGGGCUGCUUUUACCCCUGCCCCAAAUGUAACUCCAACAAGUGUGGGCCUGAGUGCCGCUGCAACCGACGGUGGGUCUACGAUGCCAUUGUCACUGAAUCUGGAGAGGUCAUCAGCACGCUGCCAUUUAAUGUUCCUGACUAGGAGCUAUUGUGAAUAGACUGCUUUGUUUUUCUUAUACAUUUAAGUUGAUCUCUUUCUCUUAGGUGAAUUUUAGGCCUUGGGGAAAAUAUUGGAAAAACAUACCUAAGACUCAUGUUCUCUCAGGCUGCAGAACCAUGCAGAAUGAGCAGUAGUUCUAUAACCUUCUUACUGUGUCUUCUCAAAUUUCUCAACUUGUGACCUGAGAAUGUGACAGAGGAUGGAUCAGCACCUCUCAUCAUCAACCCCAUCUCUACUCUGCCUUCAACUUAAAAAUCUCUUCCCUCUUGGCUGUUUUUGUAUAAAAUGUAGCUUUAAGAUUUUCAGAAUCUAUAGCUGAGAGCUUUUCUUACAUACAACAUAGAACCAUAAAUCUAUAAUAGCUAGUUAUUAGAACCUUGUACUAGUUCUAAAUCAGAACUGCCAUUUGGAUUUAAAGAAAAAACCCUUGUGAGUUUGCAGUAUAUAUCCAUAGCCUCAUUUUGAAUUGUUCAUGUUUUAGUAACAUU